AUGGCAUCGACGUCGUCUGUGGGCAAUGCAUCCUCUGCCAACGCUUCGUCGGCGCAAGCGUUCUACACACACUUUCGAGCGGCAACCGAUUCGCUCCUCUCGCAACUUGCAGCUCCCACAACCGGCUCAGAUUCGCUGCAACAGGCAUUGGCAAAGUAUGCCUCUCUGAGCGCUGAACUUACCCAGGCGGUGGACAGCGGUGUGUUGCCGAGUCACGAUCAAGGAGUGCACAAACGGAGGCUGGAAGAGGUGUCUGCAGCACUGGAGCAGAGGAGAAGGGCGCUGGAGGAAGCGAAGCAGGUUGGGAAAGGGGAGGGGAAGAAGAGAGGUGGGUUCGCAUUCAAACGCAAGCAGCCGGUCGCAUCUGCUCCGAUACCACCGCCGAGUGCAACAGCUGCUUCCAAGGAGGAGGUGACGGCUGCAACCGCAAGCUCAUCGGAUGAGCCGCAAGCCUCUCGACAAUCAAGUCAUCUCACCAUCUCGACACUCCAAGAUACCAGAUACACGCAUCCCAUCCCCCAGCCCACAACAUCACAACCGGCUCCAUCGACACCAAUCUCGCUCGAUCUGACCAACAUCUCCCACUCGAUCGUCGACCUGCGCCCCCUCGCAACCACGCACACCAUCCUCGCCGUUCAGAUCCGCAACGUCCACUCCUCCGCUGUCCUCCUACCCCACGUCGAAGGCAGCGUCAUGGUGCACGAUCUCCAGCAAAGCGUGUUGGGCAUCGCAUCGUGUCAUCAGUUCCGAAUGCAUGUUUCGAAGGAUACGGUGGUGCAGUUGGAGACCAAGAGGGGCAGUGUGGUUACGAUCGAGGGGUGUAGCGCGGUGCGGUUUGUGACGCGGAGGGAGACGGAGGAGAUCAGGGUGCAGGACUUUGAUGAUCUGAUGAACAGCGAGGGUUUGAGGAGUGCAGAUGGUGUUCAGGGUGAGGCGAAUUACAGGUUGAUCAAGAGUCCGGGUGAUGAUAGUUUGGAAAGUAGGAUAGAUGCAAUGUCUGGCCCUGAUAUCAAGAUGUGCAUCGACAACGUCCGCAGACACUUUGACAGCUUCACAUAG